AUGACGAGCCCAAAAAACCUUAAAGACAUCCAAAAGCUUACCGGCCGAUUGACGGCGUUAUCACGCUUUCUCGGGGCAUCGGCUCAAAAAGCGAUCCCUUUCUUCAAACUAAUGAAAAAAAGGGCCCCUUACAGGUGGGAAACGGAAUGCGAAGGAGCGUUCCAACAUUUCAAGAGAGUCUUAGCGGAACCACCAAUCCUCGCCAAACCCCAGACAGGGGAAACACUCUACCUGUACCUCUCCAUAACGGAGGAGGCACUCACAGCAGCGCUCAUCCGUGAAAACGAGAAAAAAGAACAAAAACCCGUAUACUUCAUAAGCAGAGUCUUACAGGAUGCGGAAGCUCGCUACUCACGCUUAGAAAAACUAGCUUUCGCACUCCUUACAGCCUCCCGGCUCCUACGACAAUACUUCCAGGCUCAUUCCGUGACGGUCCGAACCGACCAAGCGGUCAAACAGGUACUACAAAAACCCGACCUAGCGGGCAGAAUGCUAGCAUGGUCCAUCGAACUAUCCCAGUUCGAUAUCAAGUUCGAACCCCGAUAUGCGAUCAAAGCACAAGCCAUGGCCGACUUUAUCGCCGAAAUGACACCAGGAGACUCCACCCCCGAAUCAUGGAAACUACACGUUGACGGCUCCUCGAACAUCACUUCCGGAGGCGCCGGAGUCAUUCUCGAAAGCCAAAAUGGAGUCGUGAUCGAACAAUCAGUACGAUACGAAUUCCCAGUCUCAAACAACCAGGCAGAAUACGAGGCCCUCUUGGCAGGCCUAGCCCUAGCCCGGGAAGUCGGAGCAAAGGUCCUAGAGGUAAAUACCGAUUCACAGGUAAUCAGCUCCCAAAUUAACGGAGACUACCAGACACGAGAUCCCCUACUCCAACAAUACCUUGCCAAGGUAAACAAACUAAAAGAAGGAUUCGAGCACGUUACCAUACAGCAUGUUCCUAGGGAACGAAACGCCAGGGCAGACCUACUUUCCAAACUAGCCAGUACCAAACUAGGACACGGUAACAAAUCGCUAAUCCAUGAAGUCGUUAAGUCACCCUCCGUGUCAACGACAACCAAUGCUCAUCUGACACUAUCGAACCAAGGAUCUUGGACCUACCCUAUCCUACAGUACCUCCUUGACGGAACACUGCCGCCGGAUCCCAAAGAGGGAAAGCGAAUAAAAAGGGAAGCCGCCAACUAUACCAUUGUCGUAGGACAGCUAUACAAGCGUGGAUUCUCGCAACCCCUGCUCAAAUGCGUUGAACCCGGGGACACAUAG